ACAACCGCCGCCAGGAACAGCGACAAUGAGGACGACGACAGCGGCUGUUGGCCUGCGUGUUGGUGUGGCUGUGUGCGUGGUGUUGGUUGCCUUGGCGGUGCUUGAUACACCGGGAUCGAGCAUGACAGGGCUGUGCCACGCUGCGGGGGAUGCACCAUUUGCGCACUUGAUGCGAGCAAACGAUGGAGCUCGAGGCAGGAUGAUGAGCCGGGAUGACGACGACAUGAGAGGCGCUGAUGGCGGCGCAGGCGGCCGCGAUGAUGAUGACGACCGCACCAAUGCAGAUGUCGACGAUGACGAUGAUGAUGAUGGCGGCGAGGAAGAGGGAAGAAAGGGGCGUCGGAAUCAAAGACAGGGUGGUGGUGGUGGUGAUGAUGAUGAUGGUGGUGGUGGUGGUGGUGCGGGGAGUGAUGGCGGUGAGGAUGACGAAGCUGAGGGCGAUGCCAACGCUCAGGGCGAUGAUGAUGCAGACCAAGAACAGCAGGAAGCGAAUGAUAAGGCCCGUGUGCUGGACAAGAUUCAACAGCGAUUGAAGCAGAGACCGCAACCUCAAAGCCAGCAGCCUGCCUCCAAGAAGAUGGACGUCAAUGUCCUGCAGUAUGCCGGAGACACGCUCGACGAAGUUGAUGAGGAUCCCAUUCUGCUGCAGCGGCGCUUUCGUCGACUGCAAGCGCUCGUGGAGUCAGGGGAGCUGCGCAGCGAGCAGGUUGAGUACUACAAGAAGUAUGUCUUGCAUCACCCGCGCACGCAUAGCCAACACAGCCACAAUGGCAACAACGGCAACAACCAGCCAUGACACUGCAUGUUGCUCGCAUCUGCGUUGCUCCCACAGAUACGCAAUGUGAUACUAGCAGUGGUAUGUUGUGCGCAUUGGUUGCGCAGUUUUUUUUUGGUUCAUAUUCCCAGUUCGAGCGCUGCUUGUCGUUAUCCUUGAGCAAGCUUGCCCACACUACAUGUGCGUGCAUGUGCAUGUACAUGUGUACGUGUGUGCGCGCAUGCGUGCGCGCGUGGGUAAACGUGCUCCUUUGCCGUGUAUGGGAUGCAAUCAGCGACACUGCCUCGCCAGCUGUUGUCUGUAUAGACGCACGUGCGCAUUGCACAUGCGUCGAUAUCAUAUGUGUCUUUUCCAAGAAGAUCUAAUGGAAUGAACCAACGAC